GAAGGAAAAGUGGAGGUGCUUUGCCACUAAUAAGAUACUUACAAGUGCAUAAAACCCACCUCUGCCCCCCGUGUUUGAUCCUAAUGCAGAAAGAGAGGAGAAACGCUCGUCCUUCCAAUCAGUUUGACGACUUUGCCCAUAGGCUCAUUUUGAGGAACUUGGGGAAGGAUUGGUCACCUUACGUCUCUCAUAACUCGUAG